AUGUUAUAUUUCUGCAGCUAAAGAUUUUUAGUCAGGUUAAAUAUUGAAGCUGCAUCGUUAUUUGCUCAGAAGUAGGUCUGUGUGUCAGCGGAGCGUUUCCGGGUUUUACAGCCCAGUCUCUCCAUCACCUGCUCCAGCCUGCCUCCUCCUGUAGGUCAGCCCAGCAGCUCCGGAGGCCCGGCCGGACACCGAACCAAACCAGCGCCGAUAAGCAGCUCCGGAGGCCCGGACACCGAACCCAACCAGCGCCGAUAAGCAGCUCCGGCUCAUGCUUGCUCACUGAAAGCCCAAACCUGAGGAGGGAUAACGGGUAGCAGCCAUGGCGGCGUCGCUUCUCUCGGAGACCGACAUCAGGCAGCGGUCCAUGGCGGAGGAGGAUCCGAACGGGAACGAGCAUGGCGCGGCUGCACGCAGCGCGGCGCCUCGCUGGGGGCCGCAGCACGCCGGGGCCCGUCAGCUGGCCCGGCUCUACUCCCCAGGUAAACGAGUCCAGGAGUGGGUUUGUGUGAUUCUGUGCCUAUUCCUCUUCAUCAUCAACUUCUCAUUCCUCCUCCUGCACUUCUCCACUGUUCACAUCUACAAGAUCAUUAUUGGCAUCGUUUUGGGGAUAGUGACAGCAGAUUUUGCAUCGGGGAUUGUUCAUUGGGGAGCUGACACCUGGGGAUCUGUGGACAUCCCUGUUAUUGGGAAGGCUUUCAUCCGACCAUUCAGGGAGCACCACAUCGAUCCAACCGCCAUCACUCGGCACGACUUCAUUGAAACCAACGGCGACAACUGUAUGAUCCCCAUCCUGCCCCUAGCUCACAUGGCCUACAAGUUCCUCACAUACACACCAGAGGCCUUGGUGGCGUCCUACCCCUGGGACUGCUACGUUUUUGCCUUGGCGGUUUUUGUGACGUUGACCAAUCAGAUUCACAAGUGGAGCCACUCAUACUUUGGUCUACCCCGCUGGGUCACCCUGCUGCAGGACUGGCACCUGGUGUUACCACGGAAACACCACCGCAUCCACCAUGUUUCACCUCAUGAGACGUACUACUGCAUCACCACAGGUUGGUGCAACUAUCCUUUGGACCAGCUGGGCUUUUGGAGAUGCAUGGAGCAACUGAUCGAACACCUGACUGGGCAGAGACCACGAUCGGACGACAUGGCGUGGGCCAAGAAAACGGACUGAUCCAUAAACCCAGUGAAACCAGUAACGAGGGAUUACGGGGUGUAACUGCAAAUAACACAGAAAGAAAUGAUGGAUGGUAGAAACAGACUCAAACAUCACUCUGAUCUCUUGUUUUUUUCUGCUUCAGAACAAACGUUUCACCUAACAUUGUGUGCAAAGAAAAGAAAAGUUGAUAUUGAUGUAAAAUCUUUCUGAAUCUUCUGCAUCUUUGACUCCUGAAGUGGGGUUUAUUCAUGGUUUUGGUUUCUGGAGGUUGGGCUCUCCAGACGAAAGACUGAGCUGUUUGUGACCAGCAACAUCUCACAGCAACUCAUAAAUGGGAGGGUUCAGAUAGUGUCCCAUUUCAUUGCAUUUGGUUUGUGGUUUAUUAGGAUAGUUUUGGAUUAUAUCUUCCCACCAAACUGCUAAAAUUAUUGUCUAAACAUGAUUGCACUUUCACAGGAGGGGAUAUCUGAUCAUUUUCUGACUGAUCAAUUGGCUUCCAUCUCAUAGAUUGUGGUCUGUGUUAACUACAGCAAUUUAACAUGCUGAUUUGACCUGUGGUCUUCUGUUUUCUGUGUUUAAUUCAUGGACAUGUGAAAGCAACACCACUUAAAAUAAUCUAAACUACAUUUAGCUAUGAUUCUUAAUCUAGUGGAUGCUGGUCAGAUUAAAUUAGACUCAUAAGGCUCAUCUUAACAUCAAUAUGAUGAGAUCUCAGAUGACCAUACUUUGCUGGAAACUGCAUUCCACUGCGAAGGUCAGUCCAAAAGGAAAAUAUUAAUUUUAGUAUAAAUUAAAAACUUAAGAUGAAGUCUUCUGGUCACUUCUUACAGCUCAUAAGGAGGGACUCCUGGGGGUUUCCUCAAGAAGUAACAUAUCGUUAUUGUAAAACUGCAGCUUUUUUCACCCGAGUGUGAAUCCAAAGAUAUUGCUGAGUUUAUUUAUCAUGACAGGAGUUAACGGUCAGCUACGUACUGCUAUCAACAAUGGGGCAUUCAUUUAUUUUCCAACAAAUUAAUAAAAAAACAAAGAGGUGUCGUGGAUAUUGAUACAUUUUUGCCAGAAUGGUUAUAAAGUCCGUAUGUAAAUGAUCUUAAAGGAAGAGUCUGGUCAUAUUCAGAAUUCAAACUUCUAAAAGUACUUUAAAUAUGAAAUUAUUACAUACUGUUCAAUAAAUGAUAAGUUUUUUUAGUUAAGAGUAAUUUCAUUUGAAUGUGUUUUA